CUGACGACGAGGUCGAGGUUCAGGACUGGACAGUUCCAGGAGGCGAGUGGAAUGAGAGAGAUCAAGCGUGAUGGAGUGACGACCACUGGCGAGACCGCUGGAAAGGCCAGAGCUGGAGGUGGAACGACGACGGCAGCCAGAGCACGUUUCCCACCCAGGACCUGCCAGAGGUGCUUCCCAGCGCCGUUGAUCGGGUCCUGCGAGUGCUUCUGGCAGAACCCAUAGAAAGCCACCGAGGUCGAGAUCGCUCUACCUGACGGUGCCCGUGGAGGGUGCGCGGUGAAAGACCCGGCCGUGUUCGUGGCCGCGCAGUUCAGGAGGCAGCGUGUUGAAGGCGCGGAGAGGGCCCUGUCGGCGGCGGACCUUGAGAAGUUCAAAAGGGCAAAGGCCAAGGAGGCACAAGAGUGAAUCAAGGAGAUGGUACUCGAAGCCCUAGCAGAUCAUGUAUCGGUGCCCAGCGACAGGUUGAUGCGCUUGCGGUGGCUCCUGACCUGGAAGAUUGAUCCUGCGGAACCUGGAGGUCAUAGAGCCAAGGCCCGCUUGGUCAUCCGGCGUUUCCAGAACCCCGACCUGACUACCGAGGAGUCGUACGCUCCCACGGCUACGCGAACGGCGAGACAGGCGUUUCUGCAGCAGACGGCAUAUUUCAAGAUGCGCGUGGCCAAGGGCGACGUGAAGUCGGGCUUCCCUCCAGGGCGAGGAACUGGACAGAGGCCUCUUCGCGCGGCCGACGGGUGAGAUCGCUGAGAUGCUUGGGUCACGAUCUGUCGGCCAUCUUGAAGACGUUAGCGUGCGGCCUCGUUCAGGCCCCGCGCGCUUGGUACAGGGCGGCCAACCGGAAGCUGGAGGGGCUGGGCUGGCGGAUGC